CCACAACUCGAGCUCUCUGAGGCAUUUCCCCGGUGGAAGAAAGUCAGCCAUGGCGUCGUCUGUCCUGAAGCUAAGGAGCACAUCGCUCAUGAGAUCGGCCGUGAAUAGCGUUCGAAUCGGAGUUUCAUCGAGGGGUUUCGCCAAGCUAGCGACGGGGACCGACAUAACCUCGGCGGCUCCCGACGUUUCCCUCCAAAAGGCUCGGAGCUGGGAUGAAGGCGUCUCCUCCAAGUUCUCCACCAUUCCCUUGUCGGAUAUUUUCAAGGGGAAGAAAGUCGUCAUCUUUGGGCUUCCGGGAGCAUACACUGGAGUGUGUUCACAGCAGCAUGUUCCUAGCUACAAGAACAGCAUUGACAAGUUCAAGGCGAAAGGCGUAGAUUCUGUCAUCUGCGUUGCUGUCAAUGAUCCCUAUGUUUUAAAUGGUUGGGCUGAGAAGCUUCAGGCCAAAGAUGCGAUCGAGUUUUACGGAGAUUUUGAUGGCAAAUUCCACAAAAGCUUGGGGCUAGACAAGGACCUCUCAGCUGCUCUGCUGGGUCCUCGAUCCGAAAGAUGGUCGGCUUAUGUAGAAGACGGUACGGUCAAGGUACUGAACGUGGAAGAAGCUCCAUCGGAUUUCAAGGUGUCCGGAGCUGAUUUUAUUUUGGGACAGAUCUGAUGAUAAGUCUUCUUCCUCUGCCUGUCUCUGUUUUCUUCUCUCUCUCGGUGUUUUUUCAGUUCUGAGUUUCUAACUGAAUAAGUUUGAUCCCCUCGUUUUACCAAAAGGAUCAUUAACUAAACCAUGUCUUAAGGUUUCAAUAUUCAUCCGGAAGAAAAACGCACACACACAUGUCAAUUUAGAUGAUAAAAUUGAAUAAAUGUAUCAAAUGGUUCAUGUUGUUAUUA